GGAUGUGGGGCGACGGGUGUGAACUUAGACCCAAGCACGGGCCUGCAGGGAGCCGAGCUGAAGGGGGAAGUGCCUGACAGCCACAUCCUGCCUUUUGGACUUAACCACUCGAGCCACCCGCAUGUUCCGCCGGGAGCGCUCCAUCCCCCUCCAAGGCUCCGCCGCCGCCCUGUGCAACAAUCUCAGUGUACUACAGCUGCCCGCCCGCAACCUCACGCUUUUUGGGGUGGUUCAUGGACCAAGCGCCCAGGUUCUUAGUGCUGCCCCUGACGGUGUGCCCUUGGCCCAGCGCCAUCUCCACGUUAAAGAGGGCGCAGGAGUGAGCCCCCCACUUAUCACUCAGGUCCACUGGUGUGUCCUCCCCUUCCGAGUACUGCUGGUUCUCACUUCACACCGAGGGAUACAGAUGUACGAGUCUGAUGGCUCUGUCAUGGUCUAUUGGCAUGCACUGGACUCUGGAGAUGCCUCUUCAGUACAGGCUGUGUUUGCCCGAGGAAUUGCUGCCAGUGGGCACUUCAUCUGUGUAGGAACCUGGUCAGGCCGAGUGCUGGUGUUUGACAUCCCAGCCAAAGGUCCCAACAUUGUACUGAGUGAGGAGCUGGGAGGACACCAGACACCAGUCACAGAUAUUGCCACCGAGCCUGCCCAAGGACAGGAUGGUGUGGCUGACAUGGUGACAGCAGAUGAUUCUGGCUCACUGUGUGUCUGGAGGUCAGGACCUGAGUUCACAUUACUGACCCACAUUCCAGGAUUUGGGGUCCCAUGCUCCUCCGUGCGGCUGUGGCAGGGGAUUGUAGCAGCAGGCUAUGGGAACGGGCAAGUGCAUCUCUAUGAGGCCACUACAGGAACUCUGAACAUACAGAUCAACGCCCACGCCCGGGCCAUCUGCGCACUGGACCUAGCUCCUGAGGUGGGCAAGCUGCUCUCUGCAGCUGAAGACACCUUUGUGCACAUCUGGAAGCUGAGCAGAAGCCCAGAGAGUGGCUGCAUUGAGGUGGAACACUGUCAUGGUGAGUGUGUAUCUGACACCCAGGUGUGUGGUGCUCGGUUCUGUGAUCCCUCGGGCAGCUCCUUUGCUGUGACGGGGUAUGACGUCACUGAGAUCCUGAGAUUCGGCAGCGUGUGAGCAAACAGCAGCCCUUCUCUUCCCCGUGUAUUUAUAAAGCAUCCCCUCCACCCA